GUAAAGAUUUGGCUGCUCCUCAAUACACCAAUGCGCCAUUCAUAAACAAAAUUUCUUGAUUCAUCGUCUACUCUUCAUGUCGUGUGAAACGUCUUUGAACCAGCUUUCUGUAGAGACCCGUGCAAAACUACGUUCCACACAACUCCUUACUUCUUUACCACAAGUAGUUUCGGAGCUGUUGCAGAACUCCUUGGACGCCGGAGCAUCUCAGGUGGAUAUUGGCGUUGACUGCGAAGAAUGGAGCUGUUGGGUGCGGGAUAACGGUGCUGGGAUUAGCAAAGCGGGAUUAACUAUGAUUGGCAAGGGGUCGGAGGAAGGAAGAUACAAUACGUCUAAAGCAUAUACCCCAGCAUCCCUAGAUUCUGUUUCGACAUUUGGUUUUCGCGGAGAAGCUCUAUCAUCAAUGGCUGAACUAUGCUGUUUGGAAAUUUCGUCACGCACGUCUCAGUCUCGAGAAAGUUGGUCUGUCAUUCUCAAGGGUGGGAAGUCUUUGUACUCAGGACCAUCGAUUCGGUGGCGAAGAGAAACCGCAGGAAGUGUCGUAUGUGUCAGGGAUGCAUUUUUUAGCCUUCCUAUUCGUCGUCAAUCUCAUCCCUCUAUAGCCAAGACUAUAGAUGGGAUCAAGCAAGAGGUCGAGGCAUAUGCUUUGAUGUUUCCCAACGUGGCAUUCACUCUUCAAGAUGACAGCAAAUCAAGAGAAAAUGUCUCGAGCAAGGGGCAGGUUCUCCGGGUUCCAAAGACCCGUUCAAUCCUGGCUGCAUUUCGACACAUGUAUGGUCGCGCACUGACCGAGCAUGUGGAAGAGAUUGAUGCCACAUCCGGAGAUUUGAAAGUGGAGGGAUUCAUGUCCCUAGUUGGAGCACGUUCGAAGGCUCAUCAGUAUCUGUACAUAAACAAACAUCCGAUAUCGUUCUGCGAUCUUCAUCGCCUAAUUGAUAACAAAUUCUCGAAUAGUACGUUUAUGAAGCAUGCGUAUGAUGAAGGAGGAGAAACCAGUUUGAGAUCAUCGGUGCGCCGUUCGCCCCGCAAAGGCGAGAAGAAAGUUAUCUAUGUUCUAAAUUUGGUCAUACCAACGCGACUCAUUGAUAACUGUCUGGAACCAGCAAAAUCCGCAGUUCAGAUCGAGCAUAAGAAUGUGGUGACAACAUUCCUUUCUUCUGUGAUUGAUUCGUUCUUGAUUCGACAUGGUUUCACAUCUGGCAAACGUGGCGCUGAGGAAGGCUGUGGUUCCCCGCCCAAGAAGCGCAAAGUCACCAUGGUUCCAAAUAGCGCAGACCAAAAUAAGGUCCCAGCUAAUAGGAAGACAGAGCCGAAGGAAGCACAGGCGGUGUUUAUUCACCCAGGAAACAUGUCCGAGGAAAUUCCGCGAACGUCGGUUUGGGAAACGGGUGAAAUGUUCAUCGUGAAUCCUCGUACUGGAAAUUCUUAUUUGCAAAGUUCGCGCCACAAGAUCGACGGAACGAACUCGGCUAGCGCGAACCGUGUUUCCCGAAUUCCACGUCUUCUCCGAGAGGGUCCAUGUUCCGGCCCUGUUCACAAUAAAAUGCCCGAUUGGCUACAAGAAGCUCUCAUCGCGAACAACGCAUAUGCUACUACGGAACCAAGGAUUCCAUCCUUGCCGCUCUUUGCUAAUCAAGCUUCCGAUGAUCAGGGUUAUCCUAUUGUUCACUCUAAUCGUCCCUUGUCUUGCGCCUCCGCUUUUGGGACACAGUCAGGUUCCGAACACGCACGAACAAGAUUUCACAAAGGUGACCUAUUGAAGGCACAGGUCAUCAACCAGGUCGACCGCAAGUUCAUCGCCUGUUUAGUUGAUUUAGAUCAUUCCACGCAUCAGGAACAUGGGAAACCCCCAAAAAACCUUGCAGCGGGUGGCUCAACUCUGAUCCUGAUUGAUCAGCACGCUGCGGACGAACGAGUCCGCGUCGAACGCUUUCUAACCGAAAUUUGCUUUGGCUUCCUACGACAUUGCGAGGGAACCGGGGGCGUCGAAGUUUCGGAACUGUCGCCUGCUGUGCCUAUUUUACUCACGCAUCACGAAGCUUCGCGCUUGGCGACUAUCGAAGAAGUACAAUCAGCAUUCGACCGGUGGGGUAUACGCUUUGAGGGAUUGGCUAAGUUGACCUCGUUCGAAUCGGAAUGCGCAAGAGAUGAAGCCAGUGGCGGGUAUGUACAAGUCUUUGUCAGAGCAAUACCUGCGAUUGUGAGCGACAAGUUACUCAUGAAUGAUGAGUUGCGAGACCUUGUUAAAGGCUACCUGGGAACUCUCGAAAGCGAGGAGACGUCUCCUCCUAACUUAUCGCAGCAAAAAGACGUCGAUAACAUCAAGGACGACGAGUCGCGGUGGCUCAAGGCUCUUCGCUGGUGUCCACAGGAGCUUCUGGAUUUGAUUAACUCAAAAGCGUGUCGCGGCGCAGUCAUGUUCAAUGAUCCACUAUCACUGGAACAGUGCGAACGCCUUGUGAGAAAUCUUGCUGCGACUGCAUUUCCCUUUCAAUGCGCCCAUGGAAGACCUUCCCUCGUUCCUCUGACUCAUGUAAGUAUCAAGAGUGGCAGGCGAUCCGUGCCGGCAUUGGAUUGGACAAGGCUGAGCUGACUCACGGCGGGCUAUCGUUAUUGUGUUCGCCUUGGAGACCUUAAUUGAGAGCCGCGCAAUCGAUUAUUACAUACAAUUGACCUCAUUGUUGCGCGCCGGCACGUGAUGUAUCCAUGGUCAUGUGACAUUGAAGUGUUCAUUAAUUCAGUGACGUCAAAGUGGCGUGUGGGGUAUAAAGGUCACUCGCAAGCUC